AUGAAGAAACUCCUCCCCUCCUUCGCGGGUGCCGUCGGGCUCGUGGCGUACAUCACCCCGAAAACAAUCCACCUCGCCCACGCCGGCGACGUCCGCUGCGUCGCGCAGUCCACGGACGGCCAAAUCCACUCCACAAUGGACCACCAAGCCGAGACGCCCUCCGAAGCCGCGCGUCUCCGCAAAGAACACCCUGGUGAAGAAGACACAGUCGUCUGUCUCCGUAAAGGCGAAGAACCCUCCGCCGACGGGCAACAACCGCCCCUGCGCGUGAUUGGCCUCCUGAUGCCGAGCAGAUCGUUCGGGGAUGCGCAUUCGAAGUGGAGUGUGGAGUGGCAGGAGAAGUUGAAGCCGAUUCUGGAGUUUUUCCCUACGGCAAAACGGUUGGGGAUUGCGCCGUUGUGUAAGACGCCGCCUUAUAUAACAGCCCACCCCGACAUAACCCCCCUCCCACACCCCGGCCAACGCUUCCUCGUCAUCUCCACCGACGGAAUCACCGACUCCCUCUCCAGCGAAGACAUCGCGUCCACCGUCUCCUCCACCCUCGCCACCGAAGACUCGCAGAACAAAAACCUUGCGGGGAUUUUGGCGCGGAAAGCGCUGGGAGGUGGGAAGUUUGAUGAUGAGGAGGCGGGGAGACGGUUGGCGUUGGAGGGGAGGGAGAGGAGGGAAUGGAGGGAUGAUAUUACGGUUCUUGUUGUUGUUUUUGAGUAG